AUGUACAUCUUUGCUUGUCAUGGUAUUCCUGACUUACGUCCUCUAGAGGAAGGAGACAUUGUCUCCUUUGAUUACUGUGCUGGUACCUUUGCUGUUGGGUCUAUAGCACCACAGCAUGCAGAGUUAAUUGCUGCUGCUAAGGAGUGUUUAGCGGUGGCAAUAAAGGCAGUAAAGCCAGGAAGACCAAUAGGAGAAGUUGGCAAAGUUAUUCAGUAA